AUGGAUUCGGAGUCUAAGCGUCAAGUACAAGGAGUUGAUAGAAUUAGUGCAUUGCCAGAUGCACUUGUUUGCCACAUAUUGUCAUUCAUCCCUACAGUAUAUGCCGUGUGGACCACCCUUUUGUCUAGGAGAUGGAACAAUUUAUGGAGGUCCCUUCCUAAUUUGGACUUCAAUAACGAAGACUUCCCUACCAAGAGGACUGAUGAUUUUAUGGAAUUCGUUGAUUGUGUACUUGCCUCUCGUGGCUCAACAGACAUCCGAAAACUCUCUCUCCACAUCCGCCAUUGUGAGAACUUCAGUACUGGGGAUUUCUAUCGCGUUCAUAGGUGGAUUUGUGCUGCCACUAGGGAGAACCUUGUUGAACUUGAUUUCUGUCUUUUGUUUGAGUCUCGCCAGAAUGAUGAGUUAGAACUGCCUCUAAGCCUUUUCAAAUGCAAAACACUUGAGGUUUUGUCAGUGCAAUCAAAUUGCAUCACCUACCCUGCUGCUACAAAAGGGUGUUUCCCAAGCCUCAAGGUCCUUGAUGUAUCAGAUUUUCGUCCUGAUGUUGAUUCAAUGCAGAAGUUCUUUUCUCAUUUCCCUGUGCUCGAAGAGUUGAAUAUUUAUGCAUACCCUUGUUUUUACAAUGUUUUCAAUAUCAAAGUCUCUGCACCUGAAUUGAAGACACUGAGAAUAUCGUUGGACUAUUUCAGUCACAACUAUAUGCGUCCCAACAAUAUUUUUAUCAAUGCCCCAAAGCUGGAGAACCUUGAAGUCACAGAUGGUGUUUUAACAAAUUACAGUUUGGAGAGUACAAGAUGUCCAGAAAGAACUAAGAUUGUAUAUUCUAACAGACGUCUAAAUAAUGACUAUUGGUUCAUUCAAGAUAAAGAUGAUGUAUUUGAAGAUGAAGCCCCGAGAUUCACUAUUCGUGCAGCUGCUUUACUUGAAAAAGUUCAGAAUGUUAAAUGUCUGUCUCUUGAAUCUCGUCCUAAAUGUUUGGAGGCUUGUUGUGUACCUGCUUUGGAAUAUUUGGUCAAAUUGGAGCUGGCUCUUCUUGACUGCUACAACUGGGAGUUGCUAACAGAAUUGCUGAAGAGAUCGCCUAAGCUGGAAUAUCUUGGAUUAGAACAUAAAAAAACCAGCUUUCAUGAAUCCUUAGAGCGUGAAUGGAAUCCACCUGAGUCUGUGCCUAUUUGUUUGGCAUCAAGCCUCAAGACUAUCUGCGUAAACGGAUUCAAAGGAAGGCGGUAUGAGAUGGAGGUUGCAAAGUAUUUGUUAAACCACGGCGAAGUUCUGAACACCAUGACUAUUUCAACCAAGGAUCAGUUUGGUUGUCAGGAUGGUCGUCCUUACAAGACAGAGGAAGAGUUAUGCAAGGAAUUUCACGCAUGUCAAAAGGGUUCAAAGAUCUGCCGUGUUAACAUAAUUUAUGAUGCAGGAUUCUUUUCUUUUGAAAAGUUCAGUUCUUAG